UCUCCAGGAGGACCGGUACUGCUGAGAGUGUGAAGGCUGCCUGCCAGACCUUCUUCUGGGAUUGGAUGCUGGAGGACACAUUAGGCUUCUGUAUAUGGAAAUUGUGGGGUGCAGAACAGAAGAAAGUGCCUAUCCCUUCCGACCAGCAGCUAUGCUCUUCCACGGGAUAACCGGGGGACAUAUACAAGGGAUCAUGGAAGAGAUGGAGAGAAGGUCCAAGUCAGCAGACAACCGCUUAGCCAAAACGAUCCAAGUCAAUGGGAGAGAAACUAGAAUGCCACCACUCAGCCCGGAGAAGCCCACUCUGUGUGCGGGAUGUGGAGGAAAAAUUUCUGACAGAUAUUACCUCUUGGCUGUAGACAAGCAGUGGCAUCUACGCUGCCUGAAAUGCUGUGAAUGUAAACUGGCCUUGGAGUCAGAACUGACUUGCUUCGCAAAAGAUGGGAGUAUAUACUGUAAAGAAGAUUAUUACAGAAGGUUUUCGGUCCAGAGGUGUGCUCGUUGCCACCUUGGUAUCUCAGCUUCAGAAAUGGUUAUGAGAGCGAGAGAGUCGGUCUAUCACCUAAGCUGCUUCACGUGCACCACUUGUAACAAGACCCUGAGUACAGGAGAUCAUUUUGGCAUGAAGGAAAACCUAGUCUACUGCCGUGCUCACUUUGAGCUAUUGGUUCAGGGAGAUUUCCACCCACAGCUUAAUUACACUGAGCUCUCUGCCAAAGGAGGUGGGCUAUCUGCGCUUCCAUAUUUCACCAAUGGAACGGGUGCAGUGCAAAAGGGGAGACCCAGGAAGAGGAAGAGCCCGGCCCUGGGAGUAGAUAUUAUCAACUAUGCUUCAGGUGAGAGAUGCAAUGAAAAUGAAACAGAUUUGGACAGAGACCAGUCAUACCCUUCAUCUCAAAAGACGAAGCGUAUGCGUACCUCUUUUAAACAUCACCAGCUCCGCACCAUGAAGUCAUACUUUGCCAUAAACCACAAUCCAGAUGCAAAGGACCUGAAGCAACUGGCUCAGAAAACAGGAUUAACCAAAAGGGUUCUACAGGUUUGGUUUCAAAACGCACGGGCGAAAUUCAGAAGGAAUCUUUUACGACAGGAGAAUGGGGGAGGCGAUAAGGUUGAAGGUCCCUCUCUCAGCGCUCCAGCAUCAACGGACAGUGCUGCACUAACACCAACCGGUGCUGCAUCCACAUUAUCAGACCUCACCAGCCCCUCCCUCAAUGUUGGGGCCUCUGUAACUCCAAACAUGGACAGUCAUGAGUCUGGAAGCCCUUCUCAAACCACCCUCACCAAUCUUUUUUAACAUUUAUUAUGACUCUCUCUUGCUGUCUUUUCCCCUUGCAAUACUGUGCAUUUUUAUUCCCUUUUUAAGAUAUACCUUCAGCACAUUUUAGAAGAAGAUGGAUGAACACGACAGCCACCAAGUAAAUUAGUUAUAUGUUAAAAACCUAUGCUCUGUGCUAUUCUUUGUUGCCUAGAAACUUCUUAAUCCACACCUGUUCACAUGGAUGGAUGUUGUAUAGGGAGGAGGAAAGAGAUGUGCAGAAAAAAGGCAAACCUCCAUAUUUAAUGGUAUGCUUGGUUGUUCAUUGUUUUAUAUAAUAUAUAUAUCAUUCUUUACUCAGUGCUGGAAAGGUUUGUAGGGAUGUUUUCCUACUCAGAAAAAAACCAUGAGCUCCAACCUUUAUCCAUUGCAUUACCUUUUUUUUAUUCUCACUGUGAUCUUUAAAGGUAU